UUUCUUUUCGUUCACAAAAAAUUCUUAAGACAUAAUGGCGCAUCUCCAGGUGAAAGAAGGGGAGUUCACAUCAACUAUAUAUGGAAUGAUCAGGGAACAACGUUACAAUGAAGCAGUGCAAAUCCUUAACAAUCAAUUACAAAGCCAUCAGAAGUCUCGAGCCGCCCUCUCAUUACUUGGGUACUGCCACUUCCAGAUGCAGGAUUUUGUAAAUGCUUCUGAUUGUUAUGAACAGCUUAGCUACAUGCACCCAGAGGUGGAAGAGUACAAACUGUACUAUGCUCAGUCACUGUACAAAGCCUGUCUCUUCACCGAGGCCAUGAAGGUUGCCUGCCAGAUAGACAACCCUCAGUAUCAAGGACAGAUAACAAAACUCCAGGCAGCAAUCAAGUAUGGAGAGGAGGAUCUCCCUGGCUCUAAGAGUCUGGUGGAGCAGUGUCCUGCUGAUGAUCCAGACACAGAGAUAAAUCUGGGAUGUCUUCUCUUCAAGGACAACAGAUUUGAGGAAGCCUGUCAGAAGUUCACUACUGCCAUGCAGAUCCUAGGGUAUCGUCCAGAUCUCUCCUAUAACAUAGCACUGUGUCACUACCAGCUGAAACAGUAUGCACCUGCCCUCAAACACAUCGCUGAUAUCAUAGAGAAGGGCAUCAGAGAACAUCCAGAACUGAGUGUGGGGAUGACAACAGAGGGAAUUGAUGUCCGUAGUGUUGGAAAUACACUGAUACUUCAUGAAACUGCCCUCAUUGAAGCCUUCAACCUCAAAGCUGCUAUAGAGUACCAGCUGAAAAACUUUGAGGCAGCUUGUGAGGCAUUGACAGACAUGCCCCCACGGUCUGAGGAGGAACUGGAUGCUGUCACACUCCACAACCAGGCGUUGAUGAACAUGGAACAGACGCCAACAAAGGGAUUUGAGAAGAUGCAAUUUCUUUUACAGCAGAAUCCUUUUCCACCAGAAACAUUUGGAAAUCUGUUGCUGCUAUAUGUGAAAUAUGAAUACUAUGACCUGGCUGCAGAUGUGUUGGCAGAAAAUGCUCAUUUAACCUACAAGUAUCUGACCCCUUAUAUGUACGACUUUCUGGAAGCUGUGAUAACUAGGCAGACCUCACCAGAGGAAGCCUAUAGAAAACUGGAUGAGAUGGCUACAAGUCAAACAGAAACCCUCCGCAAGUUGACAAAACAGGUCCAAGAGGCCAGACAGAACCAUGAUGAUGAAGCAGUGAAGAGAGCUGUCAAUGACUAUGAUGAGGCACUGGAAAGGUACAUUCCUGUGCUGAUGCAGCAGGCAAAGAUCUACUGGGACAUGGAGAACUAUCAACAGGUGGAAAAAAUCUUCAGGAAAUCUGUGGAGUUCUGCAAUGAACAUGACAUCUGGAAGCUCAAUGUGGCCCACGUACUGUUUAUGCAGGAAAACAAAUACAAAGAAUCCUCUGGUUUUUAUGAACCGAUUGUGAAAAAGAAUUACGACAAUAUCCUGAAUGUGAGCGCUAUAGUUCUGGCUAACCUGUGUGUAUCCUACAUCAUGACCAGCCAGAAUGAGGAGGCAGAAGAACUGAUGAGGAAGAUUGAGAAGGAAGAGGAACAAGUGGCCUAUGAUGAUCCAGAAAAGAAAAUAUUCCACUUGUGUAUCGUAAAUCUUGUUAUAGGAACUCUGUACUGUGCUAAAGGAAACUAUGAAUUUGGAAUCUCUCGGGUGAUCAAGAGUCUGGAACCAUACCAGAAGAAGCUUGGUACAGACACUUGGUAUUAUGCCAAACGCUGCUUCCUUUCUUUGAUAGAAAAUAUGUCCAAACACAUGAUUAUGAUGAGGGACUCUGUGGUCCAGGAGUGUGUUGCUUUCCUGGAGUGUUGUGAAAUGUAUGGCCGAGAUGUCAAAGCCAUGAUAGAACAGCCCCUUGAAGCUGAACCAAUGCACCCAGGCAAAAAUACUGUCACGUAUGAAGCUAGGAUCCUGAAAAACUUACUGCUUCAGUUAGUCUGAAUAGUUGUCUGUCUGUACUGUUUAUUUAUUGUUCAUUCAUACAAGAGACUCUACCGUAAGAGACACACUGUUUUGUCCUAGCCACCGUCAAAAGUUGGCGUUCCACAACAGCAUGGGAACGUUUAAAAAAAGUAUCUGUGAUAAAGUAUGUUCAGCUGUAACUAUGGAGAUUUUCUUGUGAUCUUU